AGAGAGAUGCAUAUAUAGAUCAUAUUAAUUUGUAUAAUACUAUUGAUAUUUUUUAACUAAUUUGCUUAUCAUUAAUUACAAAGACAUAUAUUAUAUAUCCGUCCAUUUUUUAAUUUGAAACAUUAGCCAAAAAUCUGCUAUCAGACUUGUAUCUGACAAGUAUCUUUAUGACACGGUACAACUCGAAGAUCACGCACAUUGUUAUGGGUUAGAACUGUCAUUCGUUGAGUAUAUAAACACGGUGGGAAGUUUGGAGUCUCAUUACUUGGCUUUUCUCAAAUGUCACAACCUGUAAAAUGUCUGUUACCGAAGAAAGAAUCCAAGAAUUAAAUAGAAGAUUUUUGGAAUUUAUGAACAAGUCUGAAAACGUGGAAAACGCUACUAAAGAGAUCUACGAGGACCUCUUAGACGAAGUUUUAAUGGGUUUUGUUUUUGAUGUACACAGAACCACAAAAACGGGAAGUUCUGAUGUUGAAGAAGGUAUCCCCGAUGACGAAUCGUACGCUAUUGUAGAUUCGCCAGGAUUAGAUGUCUUUGGGCAACAUCCAGUGAAAAAAUCACAAGAAUGUAAUUGUCCGAAUUGUGAUAGAGGUGUAGCAGCUUGUAGAUUUGCAACACAUUUAGAAAAGUGUAUGGGUAUGGGACGUAAUAGUUCGCGUAUUGCAUCGAGAAGAAUAGCUAAUAAUUCUAAAGAUCUUAGUACAUUCAGUGGAGUAAUAAGUGACGACGACGACGAUGUGGAUUGGAGUUUAAAUAAUGAUAAACGUAAGAGAAGAAAAGAUCGUAAUGGAAUGAAGAGGACGAAACAACAAAAAAACAAUCAAAGAAAUGGUGAUAAUCUUAAUGAACAUAUCCAUAGCAGUAAUGAAAAUUCACCAUCUAAUUAUGAAAAUAUGUCUUUGGAAGAUAAGAGAGCGCUAUUGACGCAAAUAUGUGGUGUAAUAUCUGAACAUACAAAAAAGCUUUGUACAAGGUCUAUGCGUUGUCCGCAGCAUACGGAAGAUCAGAGGAAAGAAAUGCGUGCUAAUUUAGAAUCUGAAAAAAGUGGACAGACUGGUCAAGAUAAUCUUCAUGUAGAUGUAGAUACUUAUGAAGACAAUGACGGACAAAAUUUAAGAGAUGCCUUGGCACGAUGGGACCGAGAAGGAUCUAGCCAUUCGAGUCCUGCUGACUCUACUUCAACCACUUCUACAUCUUCCUUAAGUAGAAAAAGAGAAACAAAAUCAAAGGGGAAGGGUAAAGGUUCUAAACGAGAUCGUGGUUCUCCUAUUUCGCAAGGGGAUUGAGAUAGUGUAUUUAAUUUAUUUUUUAGUGACAUGAACAUUUUGACAACAAAAAUUAUAUAAUAAUGUUCCUACGCAUUGUGCAAAGCUUCAAGGACCUAAAAAACAUUGUAAAGAAAGAGUGUAAAAUUAGAAAUUCCUUUGACUCAAUGACCUUUAGAUAUUUAUAAAAUAAAUUAAAUUAUUUCAUCUCUC